GGACGCCAUUGCACGUCUCAGCAUGGCAAGGGCACACAGAUAUGGUGAAUCUACUCAUCAAAGUUGGUGGCGCUCAAGUAGACGGCCGAGACAGGUGCCGUCGGACGGCGCUCCACGCCGCCGCCUGGCGAGGCCGGGCCUCUGUGCUGCGAGCGUUGCUACAGCACGGCGCCGACCCCGCCGCCGUCUGCACGCAGGGAGCCACGCCGCUAGGUAUAGCAGCGCAAGAAGGCCACGAGGAGUGUGUGUUAUGGUUGCUACAACACGGCGCUGACCCUAUGCAAGCUGACCAUUGCGGUAACUUGGAUAAUAUUUAUAUUAAUCUCAACCUAGUGUAGUUCAUAGAAAAUCCUUAUGAAAAAAGGAUACUAUAAAGUAAACCGUUUAGGCGCAAAUUGUCAAAUUCGCAAAUUGUCAAGCGGUCGCAAUGUGCCAGA